AUGAAUUGUACCUCUCCAAAAGCACUAAGUCCACUAGCGGGUUAUGUGUUCAAAUUUGUAAAAGAGCAGCCAAGCCAUAUCCACCACCGUCGUCUGAGGAAUCCUUUGGCAAUGGUGGUAGCCGUGGCCGCGGGUGUGCUCCACCUCCUCUCAUCGUCUUCUUCGCGAAUUGUUUGUUUAUCUACUUCUUCUCGCCCUCCCCUGUCAGGUGCUGUUGCAAAGGUGGUACUUAAAAAGGGAAAGACACAGCUGUUCAAAGACGGAAGUCCAAUGGUGUACAGUGGAGCUGUGGACAGGAUCAUCGGAAAGCCACCUCCAAAGACCGGAGACGUCGUCAUUGUCGCCGACGGCACCGAGAAUCCCAUCGGCUGGGGUUUGUAUAACUCCGUUUCUAUGUUCUGUGUUCGCCUUAUGCAGCUCCAACACGAAUCCACCAGAGAUCCUUCUUGUGCACUCAACGUUGAGAAGCUUCUCCAGACAAGAAUCACUCAAGCUGUUCAGUUGCGGAAUCAUUUGGGACUCCCCUCGGAAAAUAACCACACUAAUGCUUAUCGUCUUGUCAACAGUGAGGGAGAUAGAUUGUCUGGAUUGAUAGUGGAUGUGUUUGGAGAUAUAGCUGUGGUUGCAUCGUCCGCUGCUUGGAUUGAAAAGUACAGGAAUCAUGUGGAGGCUUGCUUGAGAUCAUCAGUCCAUGGAGUUAAUCACAUCAACUGGAGACCUUCUCUUGAUCUUCUCAAAGAAGAUGGCUUUGAUAUCUCCUCUUUGAAACUAACACAAUCAUCAUCAUCAUCUCCUCCUCUCCCCGAGAGAUCAAUGGUGGUAGAAAAUGGAAUCACUUACGCAAUCUCGCUAGAGGGACAGAAGACAGGGUUCUACACCGAUCAACGCGAGAACCGUCACUUCAUAUCAACCAUCUCCUCUGGCAAAAGAGUUCUUGAUCUCUGCUGCUAUAGUGGUGGUUUCGCACUCAAUGCUGCGAAAGGAGGUGCUACCAGUGUCCUUGGAAUUGAUUCAUCUUUACCUGCUUUGGAGCUGGCCAGAGAGAAUGUAAUCCUCAACGAUAUGGAUCCAGGGAAGGUUGUUUUCUUCAAACAAGAUUCUACAGAAUUCAUGAAGGGUGCUCUGUCAAGGGAAGAGACUUGGGACAUUGUCAUCCUUGACCCUCCUAAGCUAGCUCCAAGGAAAAAGGUUUUACAUAACGCGGCAGGAAUGUACAGAAACCUCAACUCGUUGGCAAUGAGAUUGACAAGUAGUGGAGGUUUGUUGAUGACAUGCUCAUGUUCAGGUGCCAUGACACAGAGCGGAAAGUUCUUGAGCAUUCUUCAGAGCGCUGCAGCAAUGGCUGGAAAGAAGAUCACUGUGGUUAGGGAGGCUGGGGCUGCUUCUGAUCACCCACUUGACCCAUCCUACCCUCAAGGCCACUAUCUCUCCAAUUUUCUCCUUCGGGUCCUCUGAGUUUUGGUUUCAACAAUACCUCAAUUUUGUUUUUUUUUGUAUGUUGGUUGGGGACCAAAGUAAUUUAGUUUGAUACAAGAAGAAAAGUUUAAGAUA